AUGUCAGGCCGAGAUCGAGGCAACCGGGGCCGCGGUGACCGCGGUGGUCACGAUAGCCGUGGAAGAGGUGGUAGAGGCAGAGGAGGAGACGGUCCAGGGUUUCGGGGCGGGCGAGGUGGAGGACGAGGUGGAGGACAUGGUGAUGGGGGCGGGGUAGAGGUUUUCUCCUCUCCAGAUCAAUCCAUUCCUCCUCCUAGUACUCAAGUCACGAAAGUUGAGGAUCUAUUCCAAAAAAGUCUGUCUUCCGGCGAGUCGCUGGGCAUUGGGCGUCUUCAAAUAGGUCCAAAGUUUCCUGACCGACCCGGGUAUGGCACCAAAGGGCAAAAGGUCAUACUAUGGGCGAAUUACUUUGAAAUGAUUCCCAGCCCAGAUCUCGUCCUUUAUCGCUACAACGUCGCUGUGCAGCCUGCUGCGUUGGGCAAGAAAUUGAGCCAGAUCAUCAGACUAUUACUAGAACUCCCAGGGUAUAGCGAAGUCCGUGAUGACAUAGUCACUGAUUUCAAGUCUACCAUUGUCUCUCGUCGGAAGCUUCUUACUGGCCCCAACACAGCCAGACCAGCAAUUCAGUACCGAGCGGAGGGCGAAGAUGACCCAAGGGUUAACGCACAAACUUAUCAGCUACGUGUCGAAGAAACGGGAACCCUCACCGUUUCCGAGCUCAUUGACUAUCUAUCUUCCACAAAUGCAAACACGACAUAUGCAAACAAGCUACCUAUUUUGCAAGCUCUCAAUAUAUUUUUGGGCCAUCAUGCUAAGUUGGCUCCUUCAGUCGCCACGGUCGGGAGUAGUAAAAGCUUCUCACUGGCUCAGGACUCUCCAAAAUGGGACCUUGGUGCCGGUCUGACCGCUCUCAGAGGGUUUUUCUCAAGUGUUCGAGCAGCGACAUGCCGCAUCCUCGUGAACGUGAAUGUCAGUCAUGGUGCCUUUUACGACGCCAUACCUUUAGAUCAGUUGAUUCAGAAGUAUGGCUCAGCGCAUCAAUUCAAUCGAAUAAAGCUGCAGUCCUUCCUCAAGAGAGUGCGAGUAAGGGUGACCCAUCUAGGUGAAAAGAAAAAUAAAGCCGGCGAAUCCAUUCCAAAGGUCAAAACUAUAUUUGGGCUUGCAGACAAAAAUGACGGUCACAGUCUGGAACAUCCACCACGCGUGCAGAGCUUUGGUGCAGGGCCGAAAGAUGUAGAAUUCUUUCUUGCGGAUACCUCCGGAGCGCCACCGACUUCAUCGACAGGUCAAGCCGCCGGGGCACCAGGCAGUAAGAAAAAAGGCAAGGGGAAGAAGGGCGGCGAGUCCAGUCAGGGGCCAGGUCAAGCGGCUCCACAGGGCGGCAGGUAUAUUACCGUCUACGACUUUUUCAAAAAUGUCCACGGCCGGUCGAUCGCAAUCCCAAAUUUGCCCGUUGUCAACGUCGGGAACAGGGAAAAUCCAAGUUAUCUCCCCGCUGAAGUUUGUAUUAUAAUGCCCGGACAGAACUCACAGUCAAAGCUUGAUCCCGGUCAAACCCAACAAAUGAUCCGUUUCGCCGUUCGCAAGCCCUGGGAGAAUGCAAAUUCCAUAACACAAGAAGGUGUCCGUACUGUCGGCCUUCUGCCACGGGUGAACAGCAGUCUGGGCCAUUUUGGUAUAUCGGUGAUGGCGAAUUUGAUUACAGUCCCAGGUCGUGUCCUGAAUGAGCCCAAGGUGAAAUAUAAACAAGAUAAAUCACCUUUCAUUCGAGGGGGAAGCUGGAAUAUGCAAGAUAUCAAGUUCAAUACUGGAGGCACAUUGCGAAGCUGGACGUACUUGAUGAUUUCUAUGGGUGGCUCGCCGGACGCAUUCAAUCAAACUAGCCUACAAUCUACGGUGGCCCAAUUUCAUAAAGCUCUGCAAGAUAUUGGAAUCACGGCUGCGGCACCAGCGCCAGGAUCGAGGGUUGUGCUCGAUACUCCAGCUGAUCCGCGACUUGAGACCGCACUCAAGAAUGUUGCCAGUGGUGCGAAGGAGACCAGGCUGGUGCUGAUCAUCAUACCGACCGCAAACACAGUCUUAUACAACCGAGUCAAGCACAUUGGCGAUGUAAAGAUUGGCAUCCAUACAGUCUGCGUCGUUGGUUCCAAAUUUGUCAAAUCAUCGCCCCAAUACUUUGCAAAUGUCGCUCUCAAAUUCAACCUGAAACUCGGCGGUAUCAACCAGCUGCUUGACAACACGCGACUUGGUAUCAUCAACGAGGACAAGACUAUGGUCGUCGGUAUAGACGUAACUCACCCUUCACCUGGUUCCGCAUCGAAUGCACCAAGUGUAGCCGGCAUGGUAGCUAGCGUUGAUAGAUGGCUUGGACAAUGGCCGGCGGACCUUCGCAUCCAGGAAUCUCGUCAAGAGAUGGUGUCUGAGCUCGACACCAUGCUCAAAUCCCGUCUUACUCUCUGGAAGACGCAGGGGAAGCAUAAAGUCUUCCCUGAAAAUAUCCUCGUCUACCGUGACGGCGUUUCCGAAGGCCAGUACGCGACCGUCAUUGACACUGAGCUCCCGCUCUUACGCAAGGCUUGCGAAGGUCUUUAUCCACCUCCGGAUACGAAGAAGGGUCUCCCGCGUAUCACCAUAAUUAUCGUCGGUAAACGACACCAUACCCGAUUCUAUCCUACGGCUGCCAGUGAUGCCGACCGAUCCGCCAAUCCCAAAAAUGGCACAGUAGUCGACCGCGGCGUCACCGAAACCUGCAACUGGGACUUCUUCCUGCAGUCCCACACCGCGCUCCAAGGCACGGCACGGCCUGCUCACUACUAUAUCGUGCAUGACGAAAUAUUUUCCAAGCGAAAAGUUCCACCGCCUUUCCAGAACGUCGCUGACGUGCUCGAAGAUCUGACACACAGCAUGUGCUACCUUUUCGGUCGCGCCACCAAAGCUGUGAGCAUUUGCCCGCCUGCUUAUUAUGCAGAUAUUGUGUGUGAAAGGGCCAGAUGCUAUCUCAGCGGGCUUUUUGAUGCUAUUACGCCCUCAGGAACUCCAGCACAAAGUGUAUUGGGCGAUGGAGGACAUUCAGAGGCAAGGACGGAAGACUGUUCUAACGACCGAAUAGGCCUCAUGCUUUCCAAUUUGCCCGAGCGAAAUCAUGUUAGAAGCGGCAAGCUGAGGAUUGUUUUCGGUAAAACGUUGGCGGGAGAACAAGCCCUUCGGAGCAUCCAGAAUGUCAAGCUCUUCAUCGAAGCUAUUUGCGACCAGCCUGACCCGGUGAAAUGCGUUGAGAGGCUGAUUAGCAGUCCGAAAGGGCUGUCUGCAUUACAGUCAGCUCUGCGUUUAGACGUGUCAACCCAGUUUCUCAAUGCCUCUGCUACAAACUUCCUUCGGUACAUCCAGGAUCCUGAACUGAAAGUCGUCUGUAGGGGCGAGUUUCUUCAACAACUCAUCCUUACCAUUACUGACCCACCGAUCUUCUGGGACGCUUUCGUAAAAGCGCAGAGAACGGGUUGCCUGGAAGUCGAAGCUUUGCGGUGUUUCUCAUGGCUUCUGUUGCAGCUCAUCUGUCUCUCCGGAGACAAGGCUCCAUCCUACUACGGUGUUGCCAGAGAUCCUGUAGUUCAGAAGAUGUUCCUCGAAUGCUCGCAACUGGAGGUACGGAACACCGGACAGAAGAUCAUGCAUAUUAUCGACGCAGUCACCAAUCCUGAACAUUUGGAAGACGAAGGCCCGGGCGGUCGACAUGACAACGAUUUUGUGGAUAUCAGGCAGAUCACCAUCCUGCCUACCCCAGAUGAGCUAGCCUCGACCGAACCUCCAUACCUCCGUCGGGCCACAGAAAUAGCUGAGUGCCCUGAAUCAGGACGGCUUGCGAUGCAUAUCGACAACCAAUUUCGUCUCCUUCGCGAGGAUAUGCUCCGAGACCUAAGGGAAGAGCUUCAGGUCGCUGUUGGCUCGCGAAAGGGUCGCCGGAAGGGACUGCUCAUCGACGGUUUGACGAUUGACGGUAUCGAGUGCGACAAGCGCCAGUCAUGGUCAAUACGAUUGCAAUGCCGGAAUGACUUGUCCCAAUUGCCGAGUACGAAAUACGAUCUGCGAAAGAAAUUCAUCGUCGAAAACCGCAAAUUUAUGAAGCACCAAUCUCAAGCGUGCCUCAUCGCUGACGGACAAAUAGUUGCGUUGGUGACUAUCAAUAGGAAUGAAGACCUAUUGGCACACAACCCCCCGAUUUUAUGUGUACAAUUCACCGGAUCCGAAGGGUCCACCACCAAAGCUCUCCUUGGCUUGAAAUUGGCGAAGUCUGUUCGGCUGGUCCAGUUGAAUACAGCAGUAUUUGCAUACGAACCUAUUCUACAACAGCUUCAGAAUACUAAGCAACUAAUGCUGAGAGAUGAAAUCUUGCACUGUAAUCCAGAGAAAGCUUUACAGAGUUCCCCAUUACUGCAAUCUAAGUCUAUCACUGACUUGGUUGCCACGGUUCGGAGUGAUCCUUCAUGCGACCUUCAGCAAGCCUUAGGACUGCCAAAGCCAACACAGCUAGAUCCGUCCCAGGUGGAGUGCUUCAUGGCAAGCCUGACGCAGCGGUUGAGCUUGGUGCAAGGACCUCCAGGUCAGAGAAGCUCACUAUUCUCUUCGCUGUUCAGGCUGACUUUGAUAGGGACCGGUAAGUCUUUCAUUGGCGCCUUGAUUGCCAAAGCUAUUCAUCGAUCUUCAUCGCAGAAGAUUCUCGUCGUGUGCUACACGAAUCAUGCAUUGGAUCAGUUCCUGGAAGACCUCUUGAAGGUAGGUAUACCCGGUGAUAGUAUCGUUCGUCUUGGUUCUGCCGCAAAGUCAAGUACGGCAACCCAACCUCUAGUCCUAUCAGCGCAGCAAAGCACUUUCAAAUUGAAGAAAGAUGACUGGGAUAUUAUCAACCUACGGCAAAAUAAGGCAUCAGAGCAGGCAGAUCGACUUCGCAAUGCCUUUGCGGAUUCUCAGGCAAAGGCUGUGUCAAAAUCCGAUCUGCUGGCAUACCUCGAAUUCGACUUGGAAACCCCGGAGUUCUUUGAAGCCUUCAUUUUACCCGAUGAGACUAAUGGUAUGGUGAGGAUCGGCAAGAAGGGCAAAGCCAUGGACAGAUAUUACCUAAUUGACCGUUGGGCCCGUGGCCAGGAUGCUGGACCUUAUUCUGGCGCCCAAGCCGAAUUCCCGACGAUCUGGCAAAUGACCUAUCCUGAGAGAGCUGCGGCGCUGCAAACAUGGGAGAGAGACAUCCUCAAAGAGCGCUUUUCGAGGAUUUCCAGCUGCGGGAAGCAGUAUGGCGAGACAUUAGCCAAUAUUAACGCGCUGUUCAACGAGAAGGACAGGCGGAUUAUUCAGGGAAAGCGAAUCAUCGGUUGCACCACCACUGCCGCGGCCAAGCAUGUACAAAACAUUCAGUCUGCUUCACCUGAUAUACUCUUGGUUGAGGAAGCUGGGGAAAUCCUGGAAAGCCAUAUCUUGACCGCCCUCGGACCCGAAACCGAGCAAGCAAUUCUGAUUGGAGACCAUAAACAGCUUCGACCGAAGACUCAUCACGACCUUAGCAUAGAAAAAGGAGAUGGAUAUGACCUGAAUCGCUCGCUGUUCGAGAGACUUGUUCUUCAGGGAUUCCCUCACCAAGUUCUUUUGCAACAGCACCGCAUGCGACCAGAAAUCUCGUCCUUGGUCCGUCACCUUACUUAUCCAGGUCUGACUGACGCUCCAGGCACUCAAAACCGUCCUGCAUUACUUGGAUUCCAGGAUAAUCUGAUCUUUCUGAGCCACAACAAUCUGGAAGAGGAAACACACGAUACACCUGACUCGAAAGAUGGGAAUUCAACGUCGUCAAAGCAGAAUAACUUUGAAGCUCAAAUGACGCUGAAAUGCGUGCGUUAUCUCGCUCAGCAAGGCUAUGGGACAGGUCAAGUGGUAGUUCUGACACCAUAUUUGGCUCAGUUGCGUCUCCUAUUUGAGGUCCUGGGAAAAGAGAACGACCCAGUCCUGAAUGAUCUUGAUUCGUAUGAUUUGGUGCGAGCCGGGUUGAUGCCCGCAGCGACAGCUCAAGUUCAAAAGCGGCGGCUUCGGAUUUCGACGAUCGAUAAUUACCAAGGAGAAGAGAGCGAUAUCGUCGUUGCGUCAUUAACUCGAAGUAACGAUCACCACGAUAUCGGGUUCAUGUCGUCUCCGCAACGUCUCAAUGUCCUCCUCUCCCGCGCACGAAAUGCUCUCAUCUUGAUCGGCAAUGCAACAACGUUUCUAGACGCUCGUAAAGGUAAAGAGUUGUGGAGUGAGUUUAUGAGCCUGCUCAAAGGUGGUUCGCACAUUUACGACGGGUUCCCCGUAAAAUGCCAUGUUCAAUCCUGGAGAUGUCAUGCAAAAAACCCGGUCUCGUGCCGUCUAUGUGAUAAGGAGAAACGUGCCAAGGAGAAAUCGCUGCAGGAAGAGUUUGUGCGGCAGCAGAGGCGAGAGCAGAAACAAAAAGAGCAUGAGGCCGAGUUGACCAGAUUGGAUGAAGAGAUACAGAUGCUGAGAGCAACGAUUGCGGAUGGCCAAAUGUCAAAAGAAAUGGCACAAUCUUUAGAGCAAAAAAAGCAAGACCUGGCGGACGCCCGGGUCUUGGCGGAACGUCCAUCAAAGCCUUCCGUCAACACAAAAGGUCCUGCAAGUGCUCAGACUUCGCCUCUGACUCAUUGCGGCAAGGCCGUCAUCUUGGAUGGUGGUGCUACAGAUGAUGUGCGAGAGUCCAAGGAAAUUGGAUCUCAAGAUGAGCAAGCACGCUCGCCGUCGGAAAGGGAAUGGGACCGGCAGAAGCGUGUGGACAAUGCCUCAAACGGUGCCAUCGACUCUCUCAUGAAGAUGACUGGUCUAGAAGAAGUGAAAGCACAAGUGCUCAAGAUCAAGGCAAGGGCCGACACUGCCCUAAGGCAGAACACGAAUAUGAAGGAUGAAAGAUAUGGGAUCGUCCUAUUAGGCAAUCCCGGGACGGGUAAGACUCGAUAUCCAACUGCAUUGACCGGGUUAUUGACUGUGAAAACUUCAGGCAAAACCACCGUGGCUCGCCUCUACGCAAAAUUCCUGACUUCGAUGGGUGUUUUGUCAGGAAAUGAAUUCGUCGAGACCUCGGGAUCUCGUCUUGCAAAUGAUGGGGUUGCUGGGGCCAAGAAACAUCUUGAGACGCUUAUCAAUGCGGGUGGAGGUGCAUUCUUUCUCGACGAAGCCUACCAGCUUGCUCUCGGACAGAAUUACGGAGGCGCUUCGGUCCUUGAUUUCUUGCUUGCGGAGAUUGAAAAUCAGGUUGGGAAGAUUGUCUUCAUUUUCGCUGGUUACAACAAGCAGAUGGAGAAAUUCUUUGAACACAACCAGGGUUUUAGUAGCCGUAUGCCAUACCGCCUUCAGUUCGCCGACUACAAAGAUGCAGAAAUCCUUCAGAUGCUUGGUCAGCGGAUUCAGAGGAAAUACGACGGGAAAAUGCAAGUUGAGGGAGGCGUUGCCGGUCUGUAUGCACGUAUAGCUGUACGACGUCUUGGACGAGGGCGAGGCCGUGAAGGCUUUGGCAACGCGCGUGCUCUCGAAAACAUCUUAGCGAGGAUUUCGGAGCGGCAAGCUGAUCGCCUUCACCGGGAACGCGUUGCCGGGGCCAGGCCCAACGAUUUUCUCUUCAAAAAGGAAGACCUCAUUGGCCCGGAGCCGUCGAGAGCAAUCGUUGAAAGUGAUGCGUGGAAAGAGUUGCAGGCCUUGACUGGGCUCAAGGCCGUCAAGGAAACUAUGCAGGGCUUCCUUGACCGUAUCCACACCAACUAUCAACGCGAAUUGGAAGAAAAGGAGGUGAUUGAUGUGAGCCUGAAUCGUGUCUUCCUCGGCUCUCCUGGGACGGGGAAAACAUCCGUGGGGAAACUCUACGGCCAGGUACUAGCAGACAUGGGAAUCCUAUCGAACGGGGAAGUCGUCGUCAAGAAUCCGGCUGAUUUUGUUGGGAGCGUCUUGGGAGAAUCCGAGAAGAACACCAAGGCGAUCUUGAAAGCCACUGAAGGAAAAGUCCUUAUCAUCGAUGAAGCUUACAUGCUGUACUCGGGUGGCGCUGGUAUGAGCACAACGUCUGAUCCAUACAAGACCGCCGUUAUCGACACAAUAGUCGCCGAGGUCCAGAGCACACUAGGUGAAGAUCGAUGUGUCCUUCUCCUAGGGUACAAGGAAAAGAUGGAAGAAAUGUUUCGAAACACGAAUCCGGGCCUCUCUCGGCGAUUUGCACUUGAUAACGCCUUUGACUUCGAGGAUUUUGACGACGACCAGCUGCGAGAGAUUCUGGUGCUCAAACUCAAGAAGCAGUGCUUAGAAGCCACAGAGGAGGCCAAAGACAUUGCCAUAUCGAUGCUCGCCAGAGCUCGACACCGCCCUAACUUUGGCAACGCAGGAGAAGUUGAAAAUAUGAUUAGUCAUGCCAAAGCCUCACAUCAAACCCGGCAGUCAGCAAAGCCACUAUCUGGUCGAUCCGCCGACGUUAUUUUCGAGCCUCAAGACUUUGACGUGAACUUUGACAGGAGCGCGAAUGCAAGCGUGAAUUGUAGAGCGCUUUUCAAGGAUUUACUAGGCUGCGACGAUAUUAUUGGCAGGUUGGAGGGGUUUGUACAGAGCACGGGCAAGACCACCACUGCUCGCAAGAUGGGUCAGGUCUUUUACGAUAUGGGCUUCCUCUCAACGUCGGAUGUCCAUGAAUGCUCUGCUACAGACCUGGUCGCUGGAUAUGUAGGGCAGACAGGACCGAAGACAAUCCAGCUGCUCGAAAAGGCUCUCGGAAAGGUUCUUUUUGUGGAUGAGGCUUAUCGGUUGGGUGAAGGUGCUUUUGCGGCAGAGGCAAUUAACGAGCUUGUAGACAGCCUGACAAAGCCUCGAUUUGCCGGAAAAAUUAUCGUCAUCCUCGCGGGCUAUGAGGAUAGCAUGAAUGAGCUUCUCAGUGUCAAUCAAGGAUUAUCAAGCCGAUUUUCAGAAGAGGUUAUCUUUACUAACAUGGAGCCAGAGGACUGCUGGAGAUUUCUCCAGCAGUAUCUCGCAAAGACAGGCAUCGCUAUUGAUGAGGAGGAUGUACGUGCGUCGAUCUCGGAUAUCAUCUCCCUUUUCCGAGAGCUUUCCAGUCUUCCUUCUUGGGGCAACGGCCGCGACGUCCAAACAAUCUCCAAGUCGAUCACGAGCACCACUUUUCGAAACGCAGGCAGCUCGACAGCGAAGGUAACCGUCUCGUAUUCGCAGAUCACGGGCUUCCUCACAACCUUCUUGACUGGACGAAGAGCGCGCUCAGUCAUUGGCAGUUCCAAGUCAACAAGACUAAAGCAGAAUGACCAGGCUUCGCAAGAUCUAGUCGAACGUCCACUUGCACUGGGAACCAAGCAGUCUACUGCAUCGGCCAAGGACACUUCCAAGAGUUCAAUUGCGACCGUUGACGAGCCUUUGCAAGCGUCCAAAGCGUCAGAUCAACGCGACAUAGGUGUCACCGACGCAAUCUGGGACCAACUCCAAGCUGACAAAGCAUCGGAAGAACUAGCUCGAAAGUCUAUGGACAAUGCUGUGGCUGCUACUGACGAGGAGAAUCGUGUGGCAGCCCGCGAAGCAGUUGUCCUCGCAAAUGAAGUCAAGAUCUUGGCAUCACAAAAGGCCAGAGACGGAGAGUUGCAGGAAUUCAAGCGCCGACACGAGGAAGCACGGCUCAAAGAGCUCGUUGCUCGGCGUGCAAAAGCAGAGGCUGACGAAAGGUUCAGAAAGGCCCGGGAGGAUGCCGAGCGGAAGCGGAAAGAGGAAGUACAGGUCCAAGUCAAAUUGAGAGAGAUGGGGGUUUGCGUUGCAGGAUUUCGUUGGAUCAAGCAAGCUGGUGGAUACAGAUGUGCUGGCGGGACGCAUUAUGUUUCGAAUAGCGAACUUGGGGUAUAA